UUUCCUGGAGCUGAAACAAGUACGAACACGUCCAAGUAUUAAUAAAACGAACAACAAUGUUUCAUUGCCGUCUCUAAACGACCAAUCAAUUCUCAAUAUCUUUAUGAUUUAAUUUCAAUACUAAAUCGUCUCGACUUGGUUAAGUCAGAGACGGAUCUAGGUGGUUAACUGUUCGAUUUGGUCUAUCACCUGGUUGGCUGUUCGAUCAAUACUCAUCGAUAAGGUCACUGCUUGGAAUCGAACUCGGAAUCUUGGGGUUAGUAGCCCGGCGCUCUUAACCACUACGCCAUAAGCCUGUGGGAUGAAAGACUAAGAACCUCAUUCUACGUCUCGAGACCCAUUACAUGAUGUAUUAUCUCUAAUAAGCCAUUUACUGUCUUGUGUUCUUCAAUUGCCUGGUAAUUUCAAAGAAAACAAUGCCUCACCAGUUACCAAUGCUAUUGAUUUAUUUUGGCAAGGCACCCAAUGCCAAAUUUUGUCAGGAAUUACAAUAGAACCACUUGAACAGAGCCUCAGUGUAUUACUGCUACAUGUUAUUUUAUCAUUUCAGGUCGUUCAUUUUCUGCGCCGCCUGGACAUAAAACCAAACGAUAAUGUCUGCUUCAUCAGUUCUGGGAGAUGAAACAUCAGCAACGAUUUCUGAUUUCGAAGAAUCUUCUCAGGUAAUCACAACUUCAGAAGACAAUGACGAAGACAUUUAUCUCAGUAAUAACACAGAAUUACAUCCAAAUGAAUCAUUACCAAAUGCUAACCAUUCUGCUUCCAUUAAAUGGCAGCAAAAACUCUUUAAACUUUAUGGAAAUGAAGCAGAUGUCUUUAUUAAUCCAACCCAAAAAUCAAAGAAAUUUGUUCAUCCAAAAAUGCUUGAAAUUGGAGGUAGCACUGGAUCUGGACCUCUGUUUAGUGUCUUGAGGCAAGAGUCAAUCCGAAAACUUCUUAAACAAGAUGAAAAUUUGUCAACUGAGCUAAAGAAUACGUAUGAUGCUUAUGUGCACCAAUGUAGCGCUCUAAACCGGAAACCAGUUCAAAGAGUGUUCUGCGCCGAAGAUAUUGAAGAUAAAUAUAGUUUUUACAAGAAGAAACCAAAAUAUGCAAAGAAGAAACAGAUUGUGAACAUAAUGUACGAACUAUGUCAGAAGCACCAGGACAGUGCAACCAUCUGCGUCUACAACAACCCUUUCCCUGAUCUGAACAACAGAUAUGGUACAGGAGAAUCAGCUGUCGCUCGCUAUAUACCAGGCUACAACUCAAACUCAGGCUUACCGACACCACAGCUUGCAGUGACACUUGAUGAGAAACCUUCUCUGAUGAAGGGACAUUCAUUCUCUGAACUAAACGAGAACGAAGAGAAGGAUUACACAGAGACAUCAAACAAAACUGACAAUUCAUCAGAAGAUAAUAAUGGCCAACCUGUUGCAUUUAGACGCAAUACAAAAGUGUAUUAUUUGCCAGACAAAUCGGAUUAUAAAGCUCAGUUUUUCUGUCUUAAUUCAAAUUUUACACCUGAUCUAAAAUGCAUCACACCAACAAAAGAAAUUAAACUUGAUUCAACAAAGCUUUUAUUUAAAGGUAAUAUUUACUAUUAAAAUGCUCUUGUGAUUGCUAGCCUUGCUUUUGUUGUAGUGGCUGUUUUCUGUUGCUUUUAAAACCCUUCAGGAUGGUUAUCAAAUGAGGGUUGAACUUUUUUAUAAUUCUACCAAUUGUAGAGUCUCUUCCGAAGAGCAGACAUCUUGAAUCUCUUCUAAGAAGAGCAAAACCAACUAGUGCCAGCAUGGAAAAUGGACGUCAAAUGAUGAUGAUGAUGAUGGUGGUGAUCUAUACAUGUGUACAUAUGUAUGCAUAUAUGUAUAUAUAUAUAUGUAUGUGUGUGUUCCUGUGUGUGUAUUGGGUCAUCCCAUAAAUAAUGUCAUUUUUUAUACUUCUUUUAUUUUUGAAAAUUAAGAUAAACAAAGUUUUUUUUUAAUCUAAAAUAUACUCUUCUACAAUGCUCUUUCGUCUAUCUGGUAGACUUGCCCCUCUUUCAAAAUCCACUUGUCCGUGAUGGAAAAUACUCCUCCAGUAUUGUUCUGAACUCAUCUCCAGAAUUCGUAUAUUUUCUGUCCAAAUUAUUUUGAAGAAUUCGGAAUAAAUGAUAAUCAGAUGGGGCAAUGUCUAGUGAAUAUAAUGGGUGGGGCAUCGUUUCCCAUUCAAACUGCUCUGUGGCCGGGCAUUAUCUUGAUGGAAGAAUACCUUUCAUCUUGAAACCAAAGAUGGUCGUUUUCCUUCUAGCGCUGAUUUGAAAUACUAGUUGAAUGACCAAAUCCAAGCUUCUCUGCAAGUUCCUCAACAGUUACGAUGGGAUUUUGUUUCCCAUAGGGUUUUGCAGGACGUCCUUGUCAAGAUCUACAGAUCUUCCAGGAUGAGACUCAUCUUCUGGGCUGUAGUUUCCGGCUCAGAAUUUCUGGAAUCACUGUUGACACUGGCUUAUACUUAUUGUCCGAUCUCCUGUCACUGCAUUAAUAUUCCUCGCACUUUCCAUUGCAUUGUUGUUUUUAUUGAACUCAAAGCAAAAUAUGCCAAAUAUGCUCUUUUGUCACUUCCAUCAUAGCUUUGAAAACAUAGCUUUGAAAACAUAGCUGUUAAAAUCGAACUUCACUCUUCAAAACUUGCACAAAGAAUAAGGACAAGGUAAAAUUACUACCUUCUUUAUAGCAAGUUGAGGCAGGUAGUUCAUCCCAUCCCCCACCGACCUUUAGUUCAUGCAACUGAAAAUAACCACAUUAUUUAUGGGAUGACCCAAUAAAUAUAUAUAUAUAUAUACAUUGGUCAGCCCAGGGCUAUAGUAGAAGACACUUGCCCAAGGUGUUUGUUGUGCGGUGGGACUGAACCUGAAACCACAUGAUUGCAAAGUGAAGCUUCUUAGGAUGCAUUAGACAAGAUGAUGGAACGAGGGAUGACCACAGCUGAAAACUCUUUGUAUCAUAGGCCAACUCAAUUAUGAAUGAACAGAGAUGAAACAACGAAAACAAUAACAAAAGUAUAGAAACCACAAAGAAACAAGUAAUUAGUGAGGUUUUUAAUUAGAUCUCAUUACUCAAGCUUUAAGAUCAACCGUAAGAGUUUUCUUGAAUGUUGGAGUCAAGAAGCAGCAAACCCUCUUGCGGUCCUGCAUUUCAAAGAUGCUGCUGUAUCCAACGUAAGCGUCGGUCAGCCUUUAAUCUAAAGUAGGUUAGAAAUAGCAAGUAGAUCAAUGCCACGAAAGACAUUUAUAUAUCACUAAUAAAAUUUAAUAUAUAAUCCUCUGAUCGAUAAUCUGCCAGUGUUGUAAUCUGUGAUAUUCUCCUGACUGCGCAUAAUAAAUGGAAGAUGAAGAGCACCACCCUGGAUUCGUUAUUUAUUCAUGUUUGACCUACUAUCACCAACAAAUAAAGAAUUUCACAUAUCCAGUCUGGAGUUAGACUAUGAAUAAAGAUUCCCUAAUGAAACAAAGUCUAGAAUUCAUAAACUAGAGUUAUUUUUCUCUCAUUUAGACAAGCCGAUAUUGUAUCCAGUAGUAAAUUUUAUUGACUUCAAAGUCAUCACCAUCAUCAUCAUCAUCGUUUAUAUCAGUUUUCCAAUACUGGCCUGGCUUAGCCUGGUCAGAUCUGUUGCAAUCCUUUAUCAUCUAAUACAUCCAAUAAAGAUGAAACUGCCAAUC